AGAAGAAAAAGAAACAAACUGAAAUUCAAAACAGCACAGUAUAAAAGUAUAAAAAGUCAGUGUCUCUCCCACUGGAAAAUCCUCAUUCUGACCAAACAAGGUGGCACACAUCUAUAAUCCCAGCACUCUGAGAGACUGAGGUGGAAGGAUUACUUCAGGCCAGGAGUUUGAGACCAGUCUGAGCAUAAUAGCAAGACCCAGUCUCUACAAAAAACUAAAAAUUCCCUGAGUGUGGUGGUGCACACCUGUAGUCUUGGCUACUUAGGAGGCUGAGGCAGGAGGAUUGCUUGAGUCCAUGAGUUUGAGGGUGCAGUGAGCUAUGAUGAUGCCACUGAACUCCAGCCUGAGUGACAGUGCAAGAGCCCGUCUCUUAAAAUAAAACUUUAAAAAAAAAAUCUCUGUUUCAGUUCCAUCCGGUUCUCCCAACGCCCCGGCCGCGGGUCUCAGCAGCUCGGGCGGCGGGAGGAGCGGCAGCGGCCAGGCAGCGCAGCUUCGUGAAGGCUCUUGGCGCGCCGCGGCCCGCAGGCACCCGGCACGCGCCCUGCCCGUCGCCAAGAUGCUGAAGAGGAAGGUCAGCUCUGCCGAAGGAGCGGGUAAGGAAGAGCCCAAGAGGAGGACGGCGCGGUUGUCAGCUAAACCUGCUCCUGCGAAAGUGGAAACGAAGCCAAAAAAGGUAGCAGCAAGGGAUAAAUCUUCAGACAAAAAAGUGCAACCGAAAGGGAAAAGAGGAGCAAAGGGAAAGCAGGCCGAAGUGGCUAACCAAGAAACUAAAGAUUUACCAGCAGAAAACGGAGAAACUAAAACUGAGGAGAAUCCAGCCGCUGACGAAGCAGGAGACAAAGAAGCCAAGUCUGAUUAAUAUCAUAUACCACGUCUUAUCAGUGGUCCCUGUCUCCCUUCUUGUACAAUCCAGAGGAAUAUUUUUAUCAACUAAUUUGUAAAUGCAAGUUUUUUAGUAGCUCUAGAAACAUUUUUAAGAAGGAGGGAAUCCCACCUCAUCCCAUUUUUUAAGUGUAAAUUGCUUUUUUUUUUUUAAGAGGUGAAAUCAUUUGCUGGUUGUUUAUUUUUUGGUACAACCAGAAAAUAGUGUGGGAUGUUGAAUUAAUGGGAGGCUUUGACUAUCUUGGGUGUGAGCUUAACAUUCCAUAGAUGGGGGUUAGUUUUUAUAUCCUGUAAUACGAAGCAUACUAAAUGGCAGUAUGGAGUCCCAGUCCUGCAUUGAUGUGUGAACAUUUUAAAUUACUUCUAUUCCCAUGUUGUUUUGUACUAGAAUUGUUUCCUAAAGAAAACCACUCCCAUGAUCAUGGCUCUCCCUGUCAGAACUGUGUACACCCCUUAACAUCUUUGGUUGUGGUGCUCCUGUUUUCCUAAUAACUUUGUUGCUGUGCGGUGAAGGACUGAAAAUCUGAGCAUGUAGCAUAUGGUAAUGAAGUGUGAAUUGGUGGGACUUACCUAACAGCGUAUCAACAUUUGAAGAUACUGGUACUUGAUAUCCUCUUAAGGAAAAUUUGCCUCCAAAUUUUAAUCUGGAAAGUCACUGGAAUAAAUGUUUAAAAAAGAAUUACAAUAAAUGGCUUUUUAGAUUUUGGGUACAUACAUUAAGAAUUGUGUAUACAAAUUGAAAUGUCUGUACUGAUGCUCAACACAACCAAUAAAAU